CGAAAAAAAUUGUUCUCACGAACCCAAUAAAGUCUCUCUCCUCGCAUAAGUCACGACGGCGAGUUUGCGACUGCUGUGGCUCGUGGAGAGGCCGUCUUCAGAAACCCUAAAACUCCUGUUUGUCUCCGUACUGUUCUUCUUCUUUUGGUGGCCGCCGUUCUUGUUUUGAUCUCACUGUGAAAUAUGGCUGAUUCUCAUCGCAAAAGGUACUCUCGAUCUCCUUCCCCCUGGAGAGCUCCUUCAAGAUCAAGAUCUAGAUCUAGAUCACGAUCUAGGCCCAGGUCCAGGUCCAGAUCAUGGUCAAGGCCAAGAUCCCCAAGUCGUGGAAGAUCAAGGUCCAGAAGUCGUGGGAGGGAUCAUGCCCACAACCCUGGGAAUACGCUUUAUGUCACUGGUCUAUCUACAAGGGUCACUGAAAGAGACCUUGAAGAGCACUUUUCCAAGGAGGGGAAGGUAGCUUCUUGCUUCCUUGUGGUUGAACCUCGAACACGGAUUUCCCGUGGUUUUGCAUUUGUUACUAUGGACAAUGUUGAUGAUGCUAAUCGGUGUGUCAAGCACCUCAACCAGUCAAUUCUAGAAGGUCGAUAUAUAACGGUGGAGAAGUCACGGAGGAAACGGCCAAGAACUCCAACACCAGGACACUAUUUGGGGUUGAAAAGCACCAGAGACGCCGGCUACCGUGGUGAUCGAGGUAGUAGGUAUCGUGGUGGUGGCUCCUUCCGUGAUGACUACGGGUAUCGUCGGUCUCCGAGACGCUCGCCAUAUCGGGGGGCUCGAGAGUACUCCCCCCCUAGACACUCCCCUCCUUAUGGUGGGAGAUCAAGGAGGGAUCACUCGAGGUCACCUCCAUACACUCCUCCUCCUUACGGUGGUAGCCCGGAUAGGAGGUAUCCUCGUGGCUCUAGGUGAGGCCCCAUUUUAUAAUGUACUUUUGCGGGUUGCUGUUAGUUAAGAUCACGGUGGAUGGUGCGUGUACUCGAAUGUUUGUCUCUGCUGUUAGUUAGUUGUAAGCAGCCCAACUGGCCGAAUGUUAUCAUCAUAUUGCUCUUUUAGUGUUCGGUGUUCUGACUUUGUUCUACUGAACAGUAUUGUUAUAAAUAAUUGGUCUUUGUCUUUUGAAUG